AUGCCUGCAAACGAUGUACCGCACCUCGACAAGGAGUCUAGCAUCGAAUCCACGGAAUCGUACCACCAUUCGUCGACUUCAAGGAUAAACGGUGCUCCAUUAUCUCAAUUCCAAUCCCUGCACAUUUGCUUUGUGGCGGGCAAACGCGUCUUCCUCAGGGGUUGCGUGGCCGGGACCUCGACAGCCCCCAUCGAAAUACACAACAAGCCCACGAAGAACGAAGAAUCCCGCAGCACGAAUCUCCUUCUAUCCAGCUAUCUUAUAUUGCGAUCCAGCUAUAUUCAUACAUCCGUGACAACCUCAGACCGGAGUCCUCCCUCGCAAAUCCUUUCGCUCACUCACUCCAGGUCAUCGCAAGACAUGGGCAAGACACCGAACAUGGAGGAUUUCGACGAGGCGCUGCCAGGAGGGAAUAAAACGGACUGGGCGCGGCUCAAAGACCUCCUCCUCCUUGUCUUGAAGCGGAGUGGCCUGUUCCAGCUGGCGAUGAAGACCCCGGGACUGCGCCAGCAGCUGCGCGAGGAACUGGUCGCCCGCAUCCACGCGAUGCCCCGGUUUGUGCGGCGGGGCUACCGCGACGAUGUCGAGCACUGCUUGGACUACCUGAUGCGGUAUCCAUACAGAGUCCGAACCGCCUACACCCGGGGGAUACUCCGAGCCAAGCGGAGGAAGGCGUUACGCGGGUUGGACUCGGAGACCGAGACCGCCGAUUCAUCGGAUUCGGAGUCUUCGACCGCCCGACGAAGACGGCGACGACGAAACAGGCACCAGAGAGGAGAACGGGGUAGAAGACGAGCGGGGUCUGUGUCAUCCUCAUCGGAGUCGGCGUCCGAUGCCGAUCCAUCAGACUUCGAUACUCCCAUUGCCCGACAUCGGGGACUCCAGAAGCGGAGCAAGCGUCGGAGAAGAGAAGAGAGCACCACCAGAAGAGCGGUCCCUGUCGCAUACUCAUCAGAUGCGGGCAUCGAUGCUAUUAAUACGACCGAUUCGGAUACCUCCACUACCCGACGAACAGGACAGCAGAACAAGCGCUGGGGAAGACAGCAGACCCCAAGAAGAGCGGGGACUGUAUCCUGCUCAGUGGAUUCGGAGGGUGAUGCCAUCGCCUCCAUUCAGGAGGUGGCUACGACGCGACCACAAACACGGUCGCAGAAAAAGAAGCAACAACAAGAAGAAGAACGAGAGCAGCAACAGCACGAAAAACAGCCCCUGAACAAUCUCCAUGCCCGUAUUCGGACCUCCGACGCGGGCGGCGAGUUGAAGUUCGUUGUCUGGGAUUUCAACUCGCUGUCUCAUUCCAAACUGAUAGAGUAUCUCCGCGAGCAUGAGGGUUAUGACCAGGGCUCGGAUGGUAUCCAGUGGACCGAUCCCGCAGGAACAAAAUCAGUCCGGGUCUCCAACGAGCGGAGCUGGAAGAUGGCGCGAAGCAAGAUGGGCAGAUUCAGCGGGCCGAGUUGGCUUAGAAUAAUCCGGAAUCCUCAUGUUGAUAUGCGCUUUCAUUCCAUUUGA